AUGACGCGCUUCCUGCGGCCCAGCCGAGUGGCAGCCAGCGUGAGGAAGUCCUCUUCCCCUUUGGAAGUAAUGGUGCCGGCCAGCCUGAAGCAGGACACUCAGAUGCCGGUGACUGAGGCCCGCGGCGUGAACCUGACGUGCGUGCGAAGCUGCGUGGUGGUCGCUGAGGAGCGCCCCCGCCUGGCGCUCACCCAGUCCUUCUCUAAGCUCUUUAAGGACCUGGGCCUGUCCUCACGUGCUGUCAGUACGGCUUUCAGCUCGCGCGUCAAUCUGGCCAUCUGUCUGCAGGGCACCACUGGACCUGAUCCCUCCACUGUCUAUGUGGACAUGAAAUCCCUUCGGCACGACAGGGUGCGGCUGGUGGAGCGCGGCGCCCCCCAGAGCCUUCCGCUCAUGGAAUCGGGCACGAUCCUCCCAGGAGUGCGUGUGGUUAUAGUGAAUCCAGAGACGCAGGGUCCACUGGGAGACUCCCAUCUUGGAGAGAUCUGGGUGAACAGUCCCCACAGUGCCAGUGGCUACUACACCAUUUACGGCGAGGAGAACUUGCAGGCGGACCACUUCAAUCUGAGGCUGAGCUUUGGUGACCCGCAAACGCUGUGGGCCCGUACUGGCUACCUGGGCUUUGUCAGAAGGACAGAGCUGUUAGAUGCCAGCGGAGGUCAGUGGGAUGAGAGUGUGAAGUUUGAAUGGUUGGAUGGUAGAACGUAGCCUGUAGGUGGCAUA